CAACGCGUUCAUCGAUAAAAGUGGUGUACAGACUAGAGCCGUGUCAUGCGAAGUCCUCGGACAAGCUUCUCUCUUUUAGUUCCCAAAAAUAUCCUGUUCAGGCUCCAGUCAUUUUAACGUGUAUGGACGAGUCAUGUUGGUUAAAGGGCACCGUGAGUAAAUAAAGACUUGUAUUUACUACUGGUAUGAGUACAUGGAGAUCGCCUUCCAGACCGAUUUACUAGCGCGACAAUGGUGCUGUUUUUAUUCUUCGUUGUUUUUCUAGCAGAUACCGUUGAAGGUAGGGGAUGUAAUUGUGGUAUUUUUUAGUGACCUAACAAGUGCUAUUGCCUUCAUAGCUGAAGACACUGUAAGCACACACUGAAGUGAAUGAUUUUUACCUGUAUGUUAUCCUAGGAUUUUAUAAACAAUGCGGAUCCUCACUUUAAGAUUCCACCGCUUGUGUCAGCAGUUACUACUUUCUGUUAGAAAAGCAAAAGGUUAAGGGUUCUGCUUUGUUUGAAGCACUCACUUUCCAUACAGCUUCAUAAUUUCUUUCAAAAUGAGAAGUUUUUUAAAUACUAUUGCUAGUUGCAUUGAAUGGUUCGCUCAAGGUUUCGCUUUCUAUAUUUAGGACUGAGCAGGUCACAUGGUCCUCCUUGUUGAGAAGACGACGGGAAAUUUUCCGGCAUCGACCUUCAUUGGUUCUAGAGAUCUAAAACGUCUAGAUUUACUCCACAUUUGAAUUAUUCCUGAGUUAUUUUUGUCAACUGAUUCGUUAAAUAGCAUUUAAACACUUUUUUACGCCCGUAUCACACUGAGUGCUGUGUUACCACCUGAGCGAAAAGUCAUCAUUUAUUGAAUGGGAAGGGAAGGGGGUCUCAGGAAGUGGAAGAGACCCAUUCUGUUUGCCUUUGUUCAGUUUCAACUUUGUGGACUAUCUGUAACUGGUACUGUAAAUUUAGAAAAAUCCAUUGAAUUUACAUCUUGGACUGAGUGUGUUUCCAGAUUACUAAACAUGUUAUCUCUCCUAUUCCAACCUACAUUUAAUUAUAUUUAAUAGGGAGACUAUUUAUUAAAAUGUAAAAUAUAAAUUUUAUUGAAGGUGUGAGAUCCCCUGAGAGGCCAGUUGUUCCAAAUGUCACAGCCAUUAGCUCAACUGAAGUACGCAUCACAUGGUGUCGAGUGAACUCUAACAAAGUUGAAAUAGAUCAUUAUGAGCUGUUCAUUGACAGCCAGCUGGAGUACUCUGGAUUAGAUGUAAUGUACAUGGCUAAACGAUUAAAGCCCUGGUCAUGGUAUGAGGUCAAGUUGAGAGCAUGUGGCUUCUCUCCUGGUUCAUGCUCUCCUUUCUCAAUUCCAGCAUUAGUGAAGACGUUAAGAGACAGUAAGUGCAGCAUAAUCUUUUCAAUACUCCUUGUAUUCAUUUUCAAAGGGGAGGAUAAGAUCAUAAGGGAAAAUUUUUCUGGUCAGUCUAACAUGUCCAUGAUGUAAGCCGUUAGUGAUAGCUGAGGCACAGGAAGAAAAAGAGUAUUCACCUGGACUCACAUUUAAGAGUCAUUUUAUCUUGUACAUACCUGUAACUAAUUGCAGUUUAACACCCAAGAUCUCUCAAAAUGAAGAUAAACUCCAAUAGUAACAAUGAUAACAAUAAUGAUGACAACCACCAUACUGAUGACUAUGAUGGCAUUGUCUGAACCUUUUUGUGUCAUACUGAUAAAAUUGUUUGUCAAAUUUAUUUAAAAUCUUCAAGUAGUGUGCCACUUGAAGUAAGAUGAAAUAUCAACAAAAUUUUUUACUCCUUCCAAUUUCUUUGAAAAUUUUCUUUCCUUUUUCUUAAAAUAAUGAUAUACUCCAAUAGAAAAAAUAAUGACAAUAAUGAUGACAACCAUCAUGCCGAUAACUAUGAUAGCAUUGUGUGAACCUUUCUUAUGUUGCUCUGAUAAAAUUGUUUGUCAAAUUUAUUUAAAAUCUUCUUGAGUAGUUUGCCACCUGAGGUAAGAUGAAUAUCAACAAAAUAUUUCACUCAUUCAAUUUCCUUUGAAUUAAUUUUAACACUUUUUUUUUGUCUUCCAUUUUUAGGGGACAACAGUACAGUAAUACAGUCAGGUGUUACAUUGUUCAAAGUCAUCUUUGUCCCUACAUACAUGUUCAUCUUAGGAGUGAUGGCAGGAGUGUUGGCCCUUUCAUUAAUUCUGGCAUGGAGGUAUUGUAUACAAGUUCAUUAAACCCCCUAUCUCCCAGAACUGAUUAAGAUGUGACUCCUCUCUAUGAUACCCAAUCAUUCACAGCAAACAGGUCAUAAAAAUACUCAAACUUAUUGGGUAGAAGUUGUUACCUUGAUGUAACACCAAAUUCUCUCAACUAAUUUACAAGGAAAUGUGUAGCAGCUAGAGGAGAGAAUUAAUUACCAGACCUUAAGAUUAGGGAGUUAAAAGAUUAAUAAAAGAGCUCAAUGUAUGGAAUUGUUUUCUUUCCUUUGUGAUUGUGAACCAGGAAAUAAAUUAUCAAUGGCAAAAAAAAAAAUAUUCAGCCAGCACUUUGUUUUGCAGAUACCUUCAGAGUGUUGAUUUGUCAGGAGGAUCAGCAUUUGAGCUGCCACAUUUCCAUAAAAUUCCAAACAAGGAUGACUAUCAAACCUUCAUUAGACAAAAUCUUCCAGACACAAAGAACAACCCUCAGGAGAGCUUGGAUAACACUAUUUAUUUGACAAGGGGUUGUCACAUUGAUGAUGAAGGAUCUCAUUACCUUGAAAUAUCCAGUGCUGGCAGGGCUGAUGCACAAAGUAGUUUUGUCACACCUUUUACUGCAACCUGUAACACUGAACCAUCAGGUCUGUAUUUCAUGGGGGCUGCACAGGAGAACCAGGUUCCCAAUCAAGAUUUCACAGUUAAGUUACACAGCCACCAGCUUGAAUACUACAAAUGCAGCAGUCAAGUGAAUUCCAAAGAUGAAAAUUAUACUCAGAUUGAAAAUCAUACCAAUGCGAAUUAUGAGAGUCACAAUGAAUUAUGUGAAAAACUGCCACAAAUUUGCAAGAAUAAUGGGGAAGUUAAAGACCGAGAAAGAACUAAAAGUUUACCAGACGUCAAAGAUACUUUAGUUCCAUCUACUUCAACAAAGAAAGCUCAGUCGCUUGAAAAUUUUGAUGCCUCCCUUAGCGGCAACAUUUCUCAUUCACCUUUACUGACACAUUCAUCUCCAUCAAGUGUACAAUCUCAAUUUGAUGAACAAAAAGCUACAGCAGAAGCUACAAGGAACUCUGCUUUACAAUCUCAUUACGGAAUGGUUGUAGCGAUAGACAAUAGUAAUAUUUACAUUGGUGCUCAGGAAUGUGCAAGCAUGGUGAAUCCAGGAGAUCGCAAGAGACAUGUACGAGUCAAGCUACAGAAUCUUGUGAGAAUUCUUGAAAAAGAUAGAACUAAAACGAGAGGCUUUGCUUGUGGAUCCAGCCCACCUGCAACAGAACAUGUUUGGGAAGUUUACAGGUAUAAACAUCUGUACAGAAAUGCAUGCUGUAACAAAAUGGUGAAAAUUCAUUUUCAAUUCUGCCUAGCUGAUUUCUCUUUGACUUAAAUUUGCCAAAAACUUCCAAUCCAUAAACAUUCACUCAGUUUGACAAAAUUUUGUCAAACUCAGUGAAUGUCACCCUAGUUUUCUGAAGGUUGCUUUCUGAUGGGUAGCUGAGGCUAAAUCUGUGAGACAUGAUCCAAAAACAUGUGGAAACCAAGUGCUAACUUGAGUGUUAAAUCAUUGUAAAGGAAUUGUAUUAACUGAAAUAACAAUGAUAAUGAUGAUGAUAAUAGUAAUAAGAUUAAUGAUUUACUUAAAUAUAAAAUAAUAAUAAUAAUAAUAGCAAUGAAGAUGAUGAUAAGGACAUGGUGCAAUUCUGAAAAAAGAAAAAGGUUGUUGUUGUGAGGUAAUGUUGAAUUAGAGCAGUUUUUUUUCCUGUGACUCAAGUUAUUCAAAAGCUAACUCUUAGGAUUAGACUUGUUCUUAAAUUGUCUUAAAUGCAAAAUAAUUUAACAUUUUUUUUCUGCAAACAGGCGCAUGGGAUAUAUUGUUGAUCUUGAGGAGAGAAGAGGAAAAGAUGAGCAAAGAGUAGAUGAAGGACUUCACUUGUGGAUCUACAAGGUUAGUAAUUCUCCUUACUGUCUGCCAUACAGUUCUUGCAAUGUUCACUGUGAGAAUUUGGUGUUGGAUCAACUUAUAAUCCCUUAUUGAUAUUUUUCUUUAUUCUCAUCACUUGUCUGCUUGAUAUUGUAUUGAUAUUGUAAGGAGAAAUUCUGUCUUGGUCACUCACGGGAGUUAAAGGGUUAAACAUUUUUAAAUUUGAUCAAUGCUAACGCCGUUUCGAGCAACAAAUCUAGAGAGUCUUAAGAAUCAGGAAACAGCAAACCUCACCAACAUUACCACUAAUUAUUUGUGACUAGGAUAUUUUCCUCUUAUCAUAUGCAAGACAAAAUAGCCUACAGUGCUUGAAGGCUUCUAGACUGGUUUUGUAAGAAAUUUAGCAAUCAAAUAAGAUGCUCUCUCUCUUAUUGUUGUGGUUUGAACUUGUAAAACAACAUGCAAGACCAGGUGGUGUUUGUGAAAGAGACUUGUUGUAAAAGAGUACUCAAAACUUCUAAAACAUUUUCCUAAUGGAAGCUAUUUAAUAUCCAGGCCCUUUGUGAGCUGACUCCAGGGAUACUGGUAUUAGCUACAGGAGAUGGAAUGAAAGGCAAGUCAGAGUGUGACACCAGUUUCCCCAGAUGUGCCGUCACUGCUCUAGAGAGGGGAUGGAGUGUUGAGGUGUUCUCAUGGAAACACAGCAUGAGUAGCGAGUGGAUUAAACUGGCUAAAAAGUACCCUGAGGCACUGACAAUCAACUACUUAGACAAGUAAGAAUCAUGUAACACCUAUGAGUAGAAAAUAUGUGCUGACAGCCUUCGUAUACAAAUAUUGUAAAUUCAUGGAAUCCCUCUACUAAAUGGUUAACAACCCUCCCCUCAACAGAACAGAAAUCUUGUAAUGCAUCUCUAAUAAAUUACUAGAAAGUCCCUCCUUCCCCCAAACAUUAUUGCCUAACAUUUGUGACCAUUUUGUCAACACCAGGCAGUAUUAAAAUGGGAGAAGAGGAAAAGAUAAAUGAGAGAUGUCAGAAAAACUGAAAAAGUAGUGGAGUGUGCCAAGACUUUUGCCACUCCAAUUAAAUUGGCUGCCUGCAUUUUGGAGAAAUGUUGAUCAGAUUCAUUUUUCCAACUCAGUUAAUUUGAUAAAGGUUUCAGCUUUCAUCUUUUUAACUCUUUUCCCAAAAUGUUUCUUUCAACAUUUGCUAAAAUAUUUGAACUUUUUGAUCAAGAUAGCAGCUUCUACCUGAUAAGUUUGAAUAUUCUAUUACCACAUUUGUAGGGAUGUUGGAAAAUAUGGGGUUAAAGGUUAAAAUGUUUCAACUGCUCAUUUGUUUUUGUCAACAGACAUGUCAAUUAUAUCACAUUUGUGGAUGGAAAAUAUGGAAGGAAAUGUUUGCCUCUUCCAGCAUCAGAUGCAUAAUGUCUGUAAUAAGAGGAAGCAGAGGAAGAAGAAGGAAAACUUAAAGAGAGCUAAUUUACAUGGUCAAAAUAGAAAGUAUAAUCUUGCAGCUAAGGGCAGAACUAAAUACUGGCCACAUGUCUCACAUAGAGAUAAGACUAAGAGCUUAUUAGACAGCAAAAUCACAAAUAACAACAUUUGUUACUCCAAAUAAAUAUUGUAGGUGUUAACUUUUCUUCCCCCUUCCUUGAAUUACUGUCACACCCACUCUGCAAUAGUCAGAUGCAUUCAUAGAAUUGUGAUUUAAAAUACUGAUAGUAAAAUCCCAACUUAGACAAAGUGCCUGCAUGUGCCAGAGCUCGAUGACAGGUACUGCUGUUGUACC